AAAAUCUAACCUAGAAACCGGAAAAAUUGAAACCAAAAUUCUGUUGAUAAAAAAAAAUAUAAAUUUUAAAAAGUAAUAAAUAUAUGACAUUUAUUAUUAUUUACAACAUUAUAUAUAUAUUUGAUACAGGAAGCAGAAUUUUUUGAGCGUAAUUAUUAAUUCUCCAUAAUUUCCAUACCAUGAUUUAAAUCGUAUCAGGAGCAUACCCACAAAAAUGUUGAGCCUACAGUACCGAUUUUGUCUCCAAAGACUUUUGCCUUCCAGCAUUAGCGCCCUGUCAACCCGAAAAUUCCUUUCAGAAGCUUAUCCCUGCACCGAAGCAUGGAACCGUCGGUUCCAGUCCCCAUUGCUCCGAAGAAUAAAUGUCCGAGACAUGUUCCUGGAGCUAGACAAAAAAAUAUCAUCAGUCGGUAAAGUGUCAGCAGUCGAUAUCGACAUUUUUACCCACACGAUGACCGAUCCCGAGGCCGUCGAAGAAUUGAUCGAUAUCCUCCACCGAUUUCGUAUGACUUCCGAGACAUCGAAUACUCUAGAGUCGACCCAUCACGCAGCGAUUCGUUACCUCCUGGACUAUAAUCACAUCGAUGCUCUCCUGGAUGUUCUGAAUGACCGACUGAACUAUGGAAUUUUUCCCGAUCACUUCACAUUAAAUUUGAUGAUGAACAGAUUUCUCAAAGAGGGAGAUCAUGUUGCUGCAGUUAAAGUCGGUUCCUUGCUGAUGUUCCAGGAAGACAGCGAGAGCCCUCUGUCAAAUGCACUAGCUCUUUAUUCCUGCGGUAAAUUACUCGAAGAAGGUUUCGAUAAAUGGAUUUUACCCCCAGAAAAACCCGUCGAUCCUAAAGAGGAAGUUGUUAAAAUACGCGUCCAGUAUUUGAGGAACCCAUUUUUCGACGACCAUUUUGAUUUGAAAGAACCGAAAGCUGUGACUGGAAAAACUUUUGUUUUCUUUGGAAAACUGAGGAACGAUACGCUAGGGCGCAGCUGUUUGCUGAUCGGGUACACGCUUUGGGGCAAAUACAAAAUGGCCGCUGACUGUAUCGCUAAAUGGCGGAGUAUAGAUGGCGAAGUCGUGCACAGAGAAGCGGUAGAUGCUGCCAAGAAAGAGUUGGAAGAGAAGGGGAAGGCACUGGAGGGGAAAGAGGGGAAGGAAACUGAAAUUGAAGAAGUGGAAAAAUUGAAAGAAGAAAUUUUGGGUCUGGAAAAAAUGAAGUGCAGCGAGCGGAAAAUUUGUGAAGAAAUGGAAGCUGAGGUUAAGGAUGCGGUGGAGAAAUAUGAGGAGAGUUUUAUCAAGACGCAGACUGAGAAUUUUAAAAAAUGGGAGGAAAAUCGUAUGAAGGAACUGCAACGACAGUUAGAUGAAAUCGAUCGCACGGCACGUAUUCAGAAAGUCAAGGAAAUGAAAACUGAAUUACAAACUCAAGAGCGGCUGUUGACGUUCUUCGAACACGAGGAAGAUAUUGAAUUGAAGAUCGAAGAAAAACUUAAAUGGGAGGAAGAAACUUACGGGCCGCCGAUUACUGUAAAAGAAGACGAAGAGGCCAAUUACAUACCACCGGAAGUGUCACAACGAGGGCGGCAAAAAACUCGAAGACGUUAUUAAAUUUAAUUUGUAAUUUAUAAAAAUUUAUUAUUACAAUUUUCAUUAAUUAAUAAUUAAUAUAAAUGCAUUUUUAUUAUA